AUGACAGUAAUCGCUGCAGUCAGUUGUGCUUUCUUAUUUUCCAUUCUCUGUGAAACAAGUGCAUUAGUGUUACCCAACUCCACUGACCUACUCCUGUCAAACAACAAUUUCACUGACAUUGAGACGGCUUUGGCAGCUCAUCUGGACUCUGCAAAAAUUCCCAAAGCCAGGCGGAAGCGCUACAUUUCGCAGAAUGACAUGAUUGCCAUUCUUGAUUAUCAUAAUCAAGUCAGAGGCAAAGUCUUCCCACCUGCUUCCAACAUGGAAUAUAUGGUUUGGGAUGAAACUCUUGCCAAAUCUGCAGAGGCGUGGGCUGCUACAUGCAUUUGGGACCAUGGACCUUCCUACUUACUGAGAUUCUUGGGACAGAACCUGUCUGUGAGAACUGGAAGGUACCGAUCUAUUCUCCAGCUGGUAAAGCCGUGGUAUGAUGAGGUGAAGGAUUAUGCUUUCCCUUAUCCUCAGGAUUGCAACCCCAGGUGCCCUAUGCGAUGUUAUGGACCCAUGUGCACCCAUUACACACAGAUGGUUUGGGCCACUUCCAAUCGUAUAGGCUGCGCAAUCCACACAUGCCACAAUAUGAACGUCUGGGGAUCUGUUUGGCGACGAGCUGUUUACUUGGUAUGCAACUAUGCCCCAAAGGGCAAUUGGAUUGGAGAAGCACCAUAUAAAGUAGGAGUCCCAUGUUCAGCUUGUCCUCCAAGCUAUGGAGGUUCCUGUACCGACAAUCUUUGUUUCCCAGGAGUAACAUCAAACUACUUAUACUGGUUUAAAUAA